AUGAAGUUGGAUAAGAAAAGGAUCAGGCCUUUCACCUUGCCUUUGGUAAACUUUACAGGGGAUAGAAUCGUCCUUAAAGGCAUCGUCAUUCUAACUGUGAUCGCAGGAACUUACUCAGCACAAGUCACCAAGGAAAUUGAUUUCCUUAUAGUUAAUUGCCCCUCAACAUACAACAUCAUCUUGGGAAGACCUGCACUCAACAAACUAAAAGCAGUGACAUCAAUAUAUCACUUGAAGGUGAAGUUUCCAACAGCCUAUGGAAUAGGAGAGAUCAAAGGAGAUCAAGUUCUGGCAAGAGAAUGCUAUCAAGUUGCCCUAGCAUCGGGAGAGAACCACACAUGGGUAAUGAAUGAACUAGAACCCAUUCCUGAAUCGUCAAAAAUACCACAAGAAAUUGAGAUCGUCCUAGGAGAUUCAACAAAGGUAUUGAAGAUCAAAACAAUACUCCUAGCCUCAAAGAAAGAGAAAAUGAUCUCUUUCCUAAGGGCAAACCAAGAUGUUUUCACUUGGAAACAUGAGGAUAUGCCCAAGAUUGAUAGGAAGAUCAUACAGUAUCGUCUCAACGUCAACCCAGAGUGCAAACCUAUACAACAAAAACGGAGAAUAUUUUCAUUAGAACACAACAAAGCUGUGACUGAGGAAGUAGAGAAGCUACUAGAGGCUGAUUUCAUCAGGGAGGUAUUCUAUUCAGAUUGGCUAGCAAACGUGAUUAUGGUAAAAAAGAGCGACGACAAGUGCAGAAUGUGCAUUGAUUUCAUAGACCUGAAUAAGGCCUGCCCAAAAGACAGCUUCCCUUUGCCAAGGAUUGACCAAUUGGUAGACUCAACUGCUAGACACAAGCUAUUGAGUUUCAUGGAUUUAUUCUCUGGAUACAACCAAAUUCUUAUGGACGAAGACGAUCAAGAGAAGACCUCAUUUGUCACUAGCCAGGGAUUAUACUGCUAUAAGAUUGGAAGGAAUGUGGAGGUAUACGUGGAUGACAUGCUGGUGAAAAGCAAGGACGAAGCCAACCACUUGGAUGAUCUCAAAGAAAUCUUCAAUACACUACGAAAAUUCUUGGGAUUCAUGAUGUCCCAACGAGGAAUAGAGGCAAAUCCAGACAAAGUAAAAGCAAUAAUUGAGGUCAAAUCACCAAAAAUAGUGAAGGAGGGUGGGCUAGACCCACGUAUCAUGCAAUACAUAUAUGCAUCAAGUUUAAUCGAGCUAUUCAAGGUUCCUGAUAUAGAGGUCGACCAUGCCUUAAUCACAGCCUUGGUCGAGCGGUGGCGUUCGGAGACGCACACGUUCCACUUACCCCAUAGAGAAAUGGGUAUCACCUUGCAAGAUAUAGAGGUGAUGCUGGGGAUUCUGGUGGAUGUGUUGCCUGUCACUGGGAGGGCAGACCACCAAUGGAACGUGGUGUGCUGA